AUGAAUGAAAAUCACCCAAUUAUCGUAUUAAUUUAAGGUAAUAAAUAAAUAUUUUGCAGGUAUUUUAACACCUUCAGAAUAUCUGUAGCCUAUCGCAAAUUAAAACUCAAUUUAAAUUAAACUAACUAUCUAAAUGCUUUCAUUCACAUAUAAGUAUUUAAUGAAAAAAUUAGAUAUUAUAUCAACUUAUUUGUUACUGACAGAUCAAGCAAUUAAUACUGUUAAACUCAUUUAGGAUUUUAUUUGGAUUAGUAUUAGUAUUAAAAAUAAUUUCUUCAAAUUUUAGUUUUCGAUUAAAAUCCAAACGCAUCAAAAUAACAUAAAUUAAAUAAAUAAUGGCAGGCUUAUCUAAAUCAUAUAUCAUAUUUGA